ACUGGGUGUUUUCUUUUCUUAUCUAGUCUAUCUGGAGAUUUUGAUAAUCUUUACCUCGGUUCAUCUCUUUUCUAUUUUCCUUUUCUAUCUUUUUUUUCUCUCCCGCUUCUUUUUUCCUUCUUCCUUCCCCCCCACCCGUCCACCUCCUUUUUCCUUUUUCCUUCUUUCCCCUCAGAUCCCCCGCGCCACUGA